GCUGGCUCACUGGCCCCACUCUUAUUACUUUACCUUUACUUGAAGAUAAGCCCUCUAUUGUGCAGUUAUUUGAAGGAUCACUGAGUUGAGGAAAUUGGCUCAGACAGCAACAGAAGAGGCAGACAGUUUUCCAGACUUACAACAUCUAUCAUUCUCUAACAGCCAAAGACUUUCCCCAGACAUCAAGAUCUUCCUCUCCUCUCCUCUGUCUGUCUGUCUUUCUCGCUGUCUGUCCCUCUCCAGAACCAUCGAUAAAGAUUUGUUAGACAACACAGCGAGUGCACUAUUAAUCUUCAAAGGACCCAUUAUUUAAUAGUUCACUGGGGAACUCGAGCCUCGCCAGGUCGCGGAUGAAAGGGGAAAUGAAAUGAGCGGUGCACGUUGAGCCCUGUCUUCAUAAUGCUAAUGGAAUGAGCUGACAGGCUGAAUGAAAAACAGGAAAUAUGCUCGAGCCUGAAAGACAGGUAAAAGAGAAAUAACCAGAAAAACACAACAAGCAUCGAUGACAAUCAGCAGACUUAAACAUCCAAACUACUGUUUGACAGCUGACUUUAAUAGAUGUUUUUAUAUCGUUCCCUCAGUGGAUUUUAGUGCUAGAUUAACUUACGUUUGCAUUUUUAAUUUGGACGGGGUCCAGAACAUAGACAAUACCACACAGUUUGUAAAACAUGAACUGGUUCAUUAGCCCGUCAUCCCUACAGGAACACACACAAACUAAACAACUGUACAAUAACAACAAGAUUUAAAACUCUGCUAGCAGCUCUGUCAGACUCCACUGAAGCACAGCUCUGUUUGGGCUGAAUGCUCACAUCAGCAUGCUAACAUAUAAGCAAUGACAGAAUUAACAUGUCAUGGUCAUGCUUACUUACAAUUAGAGGCAGUUAGUUUCUUGAAUAGUUAGGGCUUAUGAAAUGUCAUUCAUGGCCCAAGAAAAACAUGUUAAAGAAUCAAUGACGUAAUUAAACUAUAUCCUACAAGAUUGAUGAAUUUGGGUAUCAAAUUAGUAGCUAACCAUCUGGAUGCUUUUGAUCAAUUUGACCAAAAACAGAGAUUUUAACCUGCUGCUGGUAAAAGUCUGGAUCCCAAAUAGCAUUUUGAUUAAUCUUCUGGGAACCACAAAUGUCAGUGCCAAAGUGCUUUUCCAAUCCAUCAUGUAGACAGUUAAGAUAUUAAAUGAAUAAAUGAAAAUUUGACCUGACAUGGAUCACAAACGCUAUCAGACUUCAUCCUCCGAGGAACCACAAAUAUCUUAAGUAAGGAAUGGGUUAAAAAAAAAAAAAAGAUUCUAAGUGAUGUAAUAUAUCCCCUCUGUUGUUAAUAUGAGUUGUUACCAUCAGGGUAAAGUUAAAGAGUAAUCUCUGUUUACACGCUCUGAAAAAAUCAACAACAGAACUAAAGGUUUGGGGUCCUGGAUGUGGUAUCGAAGGGUUCAGAUUUCCAUCUGUAGUACAAGUAGUAUUGUCUACUAGCAUUGCAGCAGGCUUUGGGUGUAUGCAGGAAAACAGUGAGCAAAAGGGGCCGAACACACCCACCGUUAAGCAAUCCUGAAUCUUAUCUAUUGUUUUGCAACACCCACUUCAUGCUUGUUCUUAAUGUUGCUUGUCAGAUUGUAAAAAAUGACUCCCACAAAAAAAGAAGUCAUUGUAAAAAGUCCUCUAAAUAUUUUGUUGCUCUCAGAGACUAUGUCCCUGUCAGAUGAUGAAUUUAAGUGUUCCAGGAUUGUUUUCAGAGUAACCCCCCCCCCCUGCAGAAUACUGAGUUCAGAGAUCUUACAAAGCCUCCAGUAUAGCUAACUAAAAGAAAUCCAUGUCAUAGAAUAUAGUGAUGUCGUUCUUAUUUGUCAUUUUUGUAAUGUCUUUAGUUGUUGUAGCUGUCUGACAGCACAGACACUUAAUGAAUCUCCAAAGAGGUAAACAAAGGAAGAAACUAAUCAAAUCAUCAUCAGUGGCAGAACAGACCAACAACAGAGCAUUUCAGUCAUAAAGUAAAUCUGACAUUACCGUCAUACAUAAUAAACAACUUGAGAAAAGGCAGCCGAUCAUCAAAACAGUUUUAACUCACGUUCAAAAUCAUUUCAUGAAUGAUCAAUUUGAGUUCUUCAUAAUCAUCCUCUUUACAGGGAAAAAAAAAACAAUGUAAAAAAUGCUGCAUGAAAGGACUCCCUAUAAUUCCAUUUUGCACACCCCUGAGUUUCCAAAAUUGAAAUCUGUGUCACUGAGAACCUCAGGAGCCUGCUUAUUAAUGCAUGAAGAAAGAAAUUCCAGUACCAGCAAGUUUUUAAUUUCUUGAGAAGAUGGCAGAGGGAAGAUUUUAUUGUAUUUCUAUUUUAUAUGUCCAGUUAUAUAAUUUUAUAUCUGAUUAUUGCAGAAUCUGACGUGACAAUGAAGUUGCACAAUAUCUUAAAUACGACGAUGUCAUGAAAUGCUUUUCAUUAUUUGUUGCAUGAACAAGAACCAGUCUCUAAUGGGUGUAAAUGGUUGCUUUUGUAACCUUUUGUUUCUCUUUUUUUUUGUCAGGAAUUAAAAUGAUGUUUAUUCUGCACUUCUUUUAUUCCUCAUAUAAAUCUUUGGAGGACUAGUUGACUGCUUCACUUGUUCCUCACUUUUACAACUUUUGCAUUCAUUCUAUCUGAGGUAAUCCAGCUGCCUCACAUAAACCUGCCUGCCCCUCCCACACACACACAUUAUACAGAUAUUCACACACUUUAUUUUUUGCCAAAUGUGCUGCUGUUGGACUGAACGUUCACUGAUCUCUGUGUCCAAACUCGUUGGCAGCAACUGUGAGCCAAAAUGAGUUGUCAAGUUGCUGAAUCAACCCCAGCUGCUGCUGCUGCUAUGCUGAGCCUCAUUUGUUGCAGCUGUGUCCGGUGUGUCAUAUUCGACUGGAAAGGAGAGAGUGUGUGUGUGUGUGUGUGUGUGUGUGUGUGUGUGUGUGUGUGUGUGCCCGCAUUACCAGUCCUAAUUCAUUAAUGUGAACAGCUGAUCGACAAGACUUUGCUGAUAAAUUCCCCCCUGUCAAUCAGUUUGUCAUAGCCAUUAGCUUGGAUUAUGUCAGCAGCUGUAUGUGGUGGACACAUUGUCCACCUCUUGGGCCAGGUCCAGGUGUGUGUGUGUGUGUGUGUGUGUGACCUGCCGUGGCCCGCUCUGGCCCAGCAGUGCUAAUUGGUCUGUUUUCUAUCCAGCUGGCUGCACAGAAGCUGCUAGUUCAUUGGCACCUCUCAACCCCUGAAGAGAGAGGGAGAGGAAGAGUACUUGUAUGAACUGCAUGCAGGCUCAUACCAGGAGACAGGACUCAAUAGCUGACUGUUUAGACCAAGACAGAGAGACAUUGUUGAAGAAAAUAAACAUGGAGGUGGGGGCAUUGACUCAGGGAAUUUCGACAUAUAUAUUUUUAAGACAGUGGCUACAGUAGUCAUGGAUACAGUAGGAAACAUGGGGGAGAGAGUGGGGUAUUACAUGAGGGAAAUAGCCACAGGUUGGACUCUAACCAUGGGCGCCUUACAAGGGGCACAACUUAACAACAACUUCACAGGAGUGAGACAGUGUUCAUGACCUAACAGGUCUUGUAUGUCAUAGUUAGAGGAGUGAAAGGAUAAAGUGAGGAGAGAAAGUAGGGAAAGUAAAAGGCCAGGCAGGCUACAAUGCGUGCUGAUGAGCUGUGUGUGUGUGUGUGUGUGUGUGUGUGUGUGUGUGUGCGUGUGCGUGUGUGUCGGCAGCAUGGGGACUAAAGGGCACGACAGCGCAGCACAGAAUUCCAGAUUACUAUUGAUUGUGAACCAGAUUAGCAGCAGACUCAUCACCAGUUUGCAGACACUGGAUCUUUACUGCCAAGGAUCAGAAGGAAAUGUUGUCAAACCGAUAUAGAAAGACGGGAACCAAUCUCUUCAUUUAAGACAGCCUGUAGUCAAGACAAAAAAAAAAAGAAGACAAAUGGGCUGUUGUUUUAUUUAAGCAAUGCUUGGCUGUAUAUCAAUGUCUGACUCGUGGAUUUAUUUGCUCUCAGUUGGUGAAGAAAAGCAUCAUUGGUCAGAUUUUUCUUCACUCCCCCUGUAUGUCUCACUGUAGAUACUUUUGUUCUUUCUUUUCUUCCCCCUGCAGCUUCACUCUCUCUCUCUUUUUCUUUGCCGCUGCCCUCUUCACCCUCUUUAAAAUUCUCCCCCAUCCCUCCCCCCCCCCCCCUCUGCAAUAUCCUGCCUUUUCUUUCUUUUCAUUCUUUGACCAAUUCUCUUUUCUGUAUCCCUUCUCCUUUUUCUCUGCCCCCUUUAGAGCCCCCUCCCCUCUCCCCGCCCCCAUACGUCUCUCCUGUGGCUCUCUCUUCUUCUGCGCUCCCCUUUCCUUGUUGCCACUGUUUGCAAAGUGGCAGAAGGCCUAGCUAGCUGCAUUAGCACCAUGCAUUAUUCAUGUGCCCUGCAGUCUGUGUGGGUCUAGGCCCUGUGCUGGCUUUUCACCGGGACACAGGGCCUGAUUGAAGAGCCGCACAGAUGGGACUAUCAAUUCCUUGAUUUGUGCUCCCUCUUGUAGUUGAAAGCUCUGUGGAGUUAGAGUUUACUUCACAGAUCAACAGUCAAGUCCACAAUAAGGCGGUUCCCUUAUUCUAGAUCAAGAAUGUUUAGUCAGCAUCUCAGCUUGUUCAACAGCAAGACUUUUCACUACAAAGUGUGUAUUUUAUCCCCAAACCAGAGGCUAGCUAAGGUUUCAGUCAUAUCUGGCCCUGAUGUUCAUACGAAAGACUUGGCCUCAUUUAUUAUUGGCUGAUAUCUCUGUCUGCCUGGCAGCAUUUCUCUCUCCCCCACAUCCGGAAUCACAGGCUGUCUUCUUUGCUUUUAGAGCGCGCCCCAGUAAGAAAUGUUAACUGAACUGGGCGGUAUGAAAUUUUAAUUUAGACAACCAGACGGAGAUGGAGUGCCUCCUCUCCACAUCGCCUUGUGAGAGAGAAAGAGAAAGAGAGAGAGAGAGAGAGGGAGAAAGAGCCUUGGGGACCAGAGGAGGGGCCUCUUGGAAAACCACAACCACAUAGCUGGUUUGGACUCGCCUCUGCUCUGCUUGACAUACUUCUGUGUUCUCUCUGAAAUCCUCAACAACUGGAACAGUUCUGUUACAACAAAUAGGUUAAAAAUCCAAAGGCAGAUACAGCUGAUCGGACUUAAUCACACUCGAAAUCCUGUCUUUUCACACUUCAUUCUAAUUAUAAACCCACUGUGUGGUUAUUGUGCAUCUUGUUUAUGGGAUCUGACAGCUCUUCCAAACAGCGCUCCUCUGCUCUGCACAGGUGGCCGCGACCAGGUUGGGAUUGGCCCUGAUGAUCACACGGAGCCCCCUCCACCUCUUUUCAGCCAAUCUCGGAGGGGCUGCAGAGCUGAUGUCUCAGAGGGCGAGAGGGUAUUUGUGUUCUGGAGUCUUGAAGAGACAAGCCACAUCACGAUAAAUGGAGGAGAAGGAGCGAUGUAGGAGCAGGUCUCCGGCUCGGAGGGCAAGUCGGGUGCAGCAGGUGGUGGGAACAAUAAUACGUCGCACUCGAGAGUCGCUAAGCAGAGAGCGGUUGCUAGGCGAUGGGAGGUCGCAGCGCUCCAACAGUCUGUCCAAUCAGAACUUUGUGGCCAAACUGUCACUGCAGAUCACUAGGGACCCGGUCCUGGACAGCAGCACCGGACAUGGCUUCAACCUCACAACAAAUGCACCCCUGCUGGUCAGGGACGUUACCACAGGGAGUCCUGCAGAUGGGAUACUGUUCCCUGGAGACCAGGUGCUACAGAUUAAUGAUACCGUCUUGGAGGAUUUCAGUGAUGAGCAGGUGGAAAACAUCUUAAGGGACUUGGAGGAUUGUAUAACUGUGACUAUCCUACGGCACAUGACAAACCCCAAGUCGUCCAUCAUGUCGGCAGAGAAGAGAGCUCGUCUGAGGAGUAAUCCAGUAAAAGUGCGCUUUGCAGAAGAGGUGGUGGUCAAUGGGCACACUCAGGGAAACUCUCUUCUCUUCCUGCCCAACGUCCUAAAAGUAUAUUUAGAGAACGGGCAGACUAAGGCUUUCAAGUUUGACAACACAACAACUGUCAAGGACAUUGUUCUGACUCUGAAGGAUAAACUGUCCAUCCGAGCCAUCGAGUACUUUGCACUGGUGCUAGAGCAGCAGUACAGCAUCACCAAACUCCUGCUGCUGCAUGAAGACGAGCUCGUACAGAAGGUAGUGCAGAAGAAAGACUCCCAUGACUACAGAUGUCUAUUCAGGGUGUGUUUUAUCCCCAGAGACCCCACAGACAUGCAGCAGGAUGACCCCUCUGCUUUUGAGUACUUCUUUCUACAAAGUGUUGGGGAUGUGCUGCGGGAGCGUUUUGCAGUCGAGAUGAAGUGUAACACUGCACUCCGCCUGGCUGCUCUGCACAUGCAUGAGAGACUAGAUAGUUGCGGACAGACCAGAACCUCUAUGAAGAGCAUAACGAAGGAGUUUGGCCUCGACAGCUUCAUCUCACCUACACUGCUGAGUAACAUGAGGGAGAAGGACCUCAGGAAAGCCAUCAGCUACCACCUCAAAAAGAUCCAGUCCCUGCUUGAACCGCGCCAGAAGGUAAUAUCUGCUAGUCAGGCUCGCUUGGCUUACCUUACUCAGCUGGGAGAGCUGAUUUCAUACGGAGGACGAUCAUACACAGCUACAAUGAUGCUUCAGGAUAGGGAGGUAUUAGUCAGCCUGCUUGUGGGAGCCAAGUACGGGAUGAGUCAGGUUAUCAACCACAAACUCAAUGUGAUUUCUACACUGGUGGAGUUCAGCAGCAUCAGCCGGGUCGAGCUGCUCUCCGAGUCAGACAAAGUCAGCCUACUGCGCAUUUCACUGCAUGACAUGAAGCCAUUUGCCUUACUGAUGGACUCUCUGGCAGCCAAAGACUUAGGGUGUCUGCUGGGAGGCUACUGCAAACUCCUUGUGGAUCCUAAUGUCAGUGUCUUCCGUCUGGGGCGCCCAAAAGUGAGGGUGCACCGGAUACCUGCUGAAGAAGGUGUGUGUGGGAAGUUCGCCGUAAUAGAGGGCGUGUGCUAUGAAUCCCUAUCAAGUUAUGUGUCUCGCUGCUGUAGUGACUCAGAUGACUCAACAGAUGAGGAUGACCCAAUGGAUUCUCAACGCCCAGACCCAGCAAGUCAGGACUGGGAAGGACGAAGGAGAGAGGAGGAAGAAAAGAGAAGAGACGAAGAAAGAAGAGAAAGAGAGGAACACAAAGGAAAACAGGAAGUGAAGAUAAUAGUGACAACAGAAGGUAAGGAAUAUGAAGGUGAAGAGGAAGGAGGGGCAACAGGAAGUGGUCUGCGUAAAUCUAGCAUAAUGGAUGAAGAAAUGAACCUGGGGUCCACCUGGUACCACACAGACCCACGGGUUACCUGUAGCUUCUCUAGCUUGUCCAGUGGCUCCUUGAGUGCUGCUCUGGAGGACAGCAGUGCCACUGCAAACGCCCCAUCUCGCCUAGGCACACACUGUGGACAACGCACAAGUGAGGAUCAACCAGGUUUGGAUGUUCACCACCCCUUCCUCCUAGAGCCCAAACGCCACCAAGGGCCCCUAAGACCUACCAACCUUAAUUACCGCAGCAAUGACAACUCUUGUCUUUGCUUUGUGGAGUUAUCCAAGGCUGAUUUCCUCCCCAGCCCACCUGAGGCCACUACGGAUGAUGACGAUGAUGAGGAGGACGAUCAGGAAGAGACAGGAGUGCAGGAACUCAGACGAAUAUCGAAGAUCCCAAGUUCGAGAGAUUUAAGAAUGAUUGACAGUACACCCUUUGACAGAUCACCCAUCAGAAGAAAGAAAAAGACCCCCCCCAAAGUCCCAUUAAGAACGAGUUCAAUUCCUCGCCACAGUGUAGGAGAGGCUGAACACCGUCUCUCCCAGGAUGAAGAGGGUCUCUUCCUUACACCGUCACCCAAUCCCAAACCUGCUCUUUUAGUCAAAGAGACCGUUUCAGACUCUGAGGAGGAGUUUUUUGACGCACAGGAGAGAUUUACUCCCCCAGUUCCUGAUCUAUCAGAUGCUGAGCUUGCUGACAGGCGCAAUGCUAACCGGUUGAGUGGAACCUGGAACAGUCUUCCAGCUGUCCCAGGGAAACAGCCACCCUCCCCCCUUGCCAAUGAAGCCAAAUCCUCUAAAAACAAGACUGAAGUCAAGACACUUAAAGGUUCCAAAAGCAAACCUACCAACCAACAGCCCAGUUCACCAAAGCCAUCUCAGAAACCUGAAGUCAAGAUCAAACCACCAUUGGCACCUAAGCCCCAGCUGCCUCCCAAACCUCAGACCAUUCCUCCCAAAUCCCCCCAGAAUGGGAGAUCAUAUGCCCACUGCAAUGGAGAUGCCUCUGGACAUCUGUCCUCUGAACUCUUGGAAAUGGAGCCAGACACAAUGGAGUUCAAGUCUGUCACAUCUGGGGCAGGCGGAAUGCCAGUGUCAUCACCCUUGAUCACAGCAGUGUGGUGCAGCAAGCAACCAGUACCAAUAACAACAGCCCGAACUGAGGAAAAGACAACAGUGAAAGAAAACAGCCCAAAACAGAGUAAAGAUAUAAUGCAUAAGAAUGGUGCACACUUAGUGUCCAAUGAUAAAGCAUACAUUAGUGAUGGAAAACAAAGUCCUAAAAUUGAGCAGAAAAGCAAUGGGACUGCCUUACCCACAAAAAUGUCACCAAACCUACCAUCUAUCCCACGCUCAAAUUCAGGUACAAAGCUAUCUGUUCCUCCUCCUGUGCCCCCAAAACCCACUUCUCCCAUCAAUUUCCAUCCACUAUCACUACCUGCUAGCUCACCAGUCUCCCCAACUGAUCCAAGCAAAGGCAUCUUUAAGGAUAGUGUCAGUCCACCAAAUGGACUCCACCCUUGGAGCAGCCGUAAUGGAAGCAUCCAGUCAGGACCUCGGCGAGUAUCCCUGAGUCAUGAAAGCCUGUCACCAAAAAAUACUGAUGCACCUCUCACACUUACAUCCUCCCUCAACUCAACUAACUCCAAAGGAGUUGGGGGCCUAGAAACCAGGGAACCCGGACGGUCUGGAUCAGGAUCAGAUCUGAGGACGAGUUCUUCCAGCCUUGGGGGUAGACUCCCAGCUUCUGCACUGAGAGGGAAGAUCCAGGCUCUGCCUUGGUACAUGACCCGUUCUCAAGAGAUUUUGGGAACUUUAGACUAUCCAUCCACCAGCUCCAUCAAUGGGGAUACAUCUGGCUUUGGCUCUGGUUUGUCUGUAGCUAGUGGUUUAUCAGAUCUAAACAAGACCCCUGUUAAAGAAAAAGAGACUGUGACUUCAAUGUCAGUAGGGAAAGGGAACACCUUAGAAGAUGGAGCUGCAGUUGUCAUAGCCACCAUCAAGGAGGCCCAGGAAGUGACCUCACACAUGAAAAAGGCCAAUGGAACAAAUGGCUCCAGUCCUGACCUGACUUUGAAAGAUAUUAGUGCACACCGUGGCAGUGUUUCAUCAGAGCAGCCUCAAUCAUGGUCCCAUUCAGCAGUGGGGCUGGGAGGUGUGUCCAGCAUGCAAAUUGGAGGAGACUCACCAACCUCCUCGCUGGCAGAUAGUACUCCUCCACAGCAGCAGCAGCGGGAGGCUUGUGGCUGUCGCACAGUUUAUGCAAACUGUUUCAGCGGCGACACAGAGGAUGGUAUAAGCUUUGAUGAAGAGCUUACUGUUUACGAGUUCUCCCGUCGCACACGCCCAAAACCUGCCAAAAUUGCCACUGUUCCUUCACCCACAACACCUCCUCCAAACCCAAACAUCUUGUCAUUGCUUAGGGACAACCCUCGUCCACUCUCUACCUUCUCCACUGCCUCCUCUGAACUGAGUCCCCUAGUUUCCCAUCCGGUGUCACCAACAAACUCAGUUGGUUCUCUUCGUUCACUUACCAAUAAGAAUUAUGGCGGGCUAAAGGGAGGUUUUGCCUCCCUACGUCAAGACAUAGACCAACUGCUGCUGGUCUUGGAGAGGGGAGCACUUGAGCAACAAGACUCAAAGCAGGAUCUCACAGGCAUAGAAGUAGGGCCUGACCUAAAUCACAAUGGAAACGAAAGCAGUACCACCCCAUCAACCAGCGAAAAUUGUACUGGGACAAGCACCGCUGCUAUGACAGAGGCUGAAAGGAGUCUCCUCCAGGCAGAGGCUCGACGAUUGGCGUCUGGUUGUCAGCGUGCUACACGUGUAGGUUGGGCUCCUGAUGAAGCCCUGCGUUCGUUAUCCAACAGCUUCAGUGCACUCGUUCAGUUGUCUGCCGCCUGCUUGCGAACAAACCCGUGCCCUGGCUGUGAAAUCUGCCAUGAUGAGAGUCUGCUCCACAGAGAUGAGGACGAUGACAGCCAGGAACCCAUGGACAAGCUGAAGGAGAUAGUGGGUUUGUACCGGGAGUUCGUUGGGGCUGUUGAGACAGCUGGUACUGGGGUGAAAAGUGUGGGCCUCACUGGGUUGGGACAGGGUCACGGUGAGACUGAUGGGGUGAGGCUACUAGCCAAACGCUGCACGGUACUCAUUUCUUCUGUAUUCGCACUCACACAGCUCUUCCGGACACGCACACUAGAAACCUCAGACACGACUGGACACGUACCUCUUAAUUUUUGACUUGUGAACUUAACCCACUAAUAACUCAUUGAAUCUUGAGGUGAUACAAGAGUAAACAGCACAGAGCCAUCUGGUGUGUAACCCCUGUGUUCUUGUACAGUAAGUGCCAUGCACACCACAGCACACAAACUUUAUCCCGUAUUACACAGACCCACAUGAAAAGACACAACAAACAAAAACCCGAACGAAUAAGAGGAAACUUCAUUGCUUGUCCUCUUCUUGGAAGCAUACGGACUAUGCAUUUGUACAUAUGAAUUUUAUAAUUCUCUUAUUUUAUGAUACUAUAUGUGUAUGUAUGUAAGGACGGAUUGCCCAUUUAUGUAUUUAUGUAUUUAUUUUUACAAUAUUUGCACCACAGGUCUGUGAUGUGCAGGUCUCUGGUGAAAAAGAAACUAUGGAUGUCACUGGAAUUUUUAUUUUCUCCUUCUCUUUGAGACAGUAUUAAGUUAUCUUUUGCUGCUUUAAAAAUUUCCUCUACUCAAGGUGUAAUCUGUAAAUUGUCAUUUUUAAAGUUUAGUAAAACAGUAUGUUUUGCUAAAUGCAGAAAAUAUACUUUACUACACUCUUGCAAUAUACAGUAAUUAACUGAUUUGUUUUAUAUGUGCAGCGAUCGCACCUUUUAAAGGAUUUAGUUUUAUAACAUGACAGUCAAAUAUAAAGGGGACACAAAACUCAACCAUAACAAAGCAGGGAGAGCACUUUGACUGUUACAGAUUGCACCUUUUUACGAGACAUAUUCCCUUGUGUAAAGUGUUUUUUUCUAUCCCUUCUCAUUCUGGAAUUACUUUUAAGUGACUGCUUCUUGGAAAUUCUCCCAUUACCCAGACGUAUGCAGUAUUAUAACGUUCAAGUUUUCAUCCAAAGGACAUGACACAUACACAAUUUUUUCUGGGAAUGUGUGGAUGAGGCCAAGGAAUCAAAACAGGGGACCUUAUUUGUGUUGUUUAAAAAUUUUUUUUUGAAAACUGGUUUUGGCACAAGAGAGACUGUUAAACUAUGUCCAGAUGUAGCAGAGAUCCAAAGUCUUAAAACACUGAGCCACAACUGUUUUCCACUAGGAAUUCCUCUUAGGUCGCACCACCAUAUUGAUAUCAUACUGACUGACAGAUGGACUGACUGCUGUAUGCUGGAGUCAGAACUGUAGAUACAUAUUUAUAUCUUUGUGUCCUAUUCCUUCUCUACUUUCAUUUAUGGCUAUGCAAACAUAAACUCUUCACCCCCACAUACUGUAUUCUUGUUCUUUUGUGCUAACAUUGAAAACAACUAUAGCUGCAUUAUGUUUGUCUGAAUAUAAUGGGGGCUUUCUUUGUUUGGAAUGUUGGCUUUUGUCUUGUUUUGGGAAAAUGUAAUGCAUUAUGGAUUGCAACAUUUUGAAACAAGUUGCAUGGCAUUUGUCAAUAUAAAGACUCCUGUCUAUACUGAUGUCUGAAUAUUGUUAGUAAAAGGGUGACAUUGCUUGAUCAGUUUGCUGAUGUACAGUUUUCACCAAUCAGCUUGUCCACAUAACAUGAUGCCAACUCAUUUAGUGAGUCAUCCUAUUUUCUUGAUAACAAGAAGGCAAUUAAGUCUCAGUGCUUAUGCAAAUAUGAUAAUAGCAUUAGCUGAGCGAGGACCUGAUUAGGAAGCUGACGAGGAGGUAUGUAGUUAAAUGAAUCCUCCUAAUAGAUGACAGUGGGAAGCUUUGUCAAGAUGGCCGUGUUUAAAAAGGUUACUCUCUGGGGGAUCAGAUUUCAGAGCUUCCAGUUGUAUUGGUGGUAAUGUCCAGUAGCAGUGUCCAUGACUUCACUAACAUCAAGAGAUAGGUGUCAGAAGCAUUUCUUGUUGUUCAUCACGAAGGCCCAAACAGGGCAGAAUAGCCUGUGACACAUUUUUUUUCUUUUUCCUGUGAGUAAAAAUUGUGUUAACAGUAUUUAAUUUCCAAAGCAGCCAUGUGUUUCUACAGUACACAAACAGUCACCUUUUCCUUACCCACGUACAAUAAAGUCAAUGUACUAAGAAAUGUAUUGUUUGGGAAUAAAUUGCACAUUGACCCAAA